AUGAAGUCUUUUAAAACUUGUACAGGCCACCUUUCAUUAGUGGCAAUCUAUUUUUUUCCUGUUAUACUGGUAAAUAGCAUUGGGAGCAAAAUACAUCCAAAUGCUAGAAUCAUAAACCUGUCUUUGACCACUGUCAUCCCUCCUAUGUUGAACCCGAUCAUAUAUGUUCUGCAGACACAUGAAAUCAAAGAAUCCUUGAAAAAGAUAAAAAAAAAAAAAGCAACCUCAGACAGAACCAGGCUCAGGGAUGAUGGCUAUCUACCUCGACCGGUUGGGGUGAGAGUGGGAAUGAGGGGGGUGGGGGAUAGCAGGAAGAGGUUGGGGGAAACAGAUAUUCGUAAUGGACCUAGAGGAGAAAUCCAGCAGAAUAUUAAAUAA